AGACAUUUGGUGGUCUAGAAUCUACAUUAAAACCAAAUGUUCUGGCACCAAUGGAUUUUAACAGUCUCUUGUCCAUGUUAGAAAACUCAACGACCCCCGAUGCCGAAUUGCAAAGUAUAAGAAACGAGCUCCAAAGCUCUACAAGUCACAGUGAUUCUCAUGAGAGACCAUUUUCAGAUCCUAAUCCUCAAGUUAACAGUCAGAUGAUGGGAGAAAGACAAACACAGAGCUCGCCAAUUGAAUUUGGUCGCUACUAUGAUAAUCCAGAAGAUCAUCGCAGUGAUGCACAGAAUAUAAUACAAAGGGAGCUAAGUACAGCACAGUCAAUUAUAGAUGCUGCUGAUGAGAGAAGAUUUUUAAAAAUAGCCGAAAAAUACUUUUUGAAGGUAGUACCU